UCUAAUUAAUUUCUCUUUUCACUCUAAUUAAUUAUCUACCUUGUUUUCUAUUUUGUUUCUCUCAGUCUGGAAGAUUGUCUGAUCUUUUCUUCUUAUUUAUAUUCUCUGUGAUUUUCUUUCCCUCUUUUCUUUUCUUUUUUUUCUCUCUUUCUCUCUCUUUGUUAUUAUUAUUGUUCUUUUUAAUUUAUCACAAUCAUCCUUCAUCUUCAUCAUCACCUUUUAAUAUUUUCUCUUCUCUCUCAGUUUGUUGCUAUGUGUCACAUUCUACCUACACUUGAGAUACUUUAAAUUUUGUUCCAUUUUGGUGGACAUUGUGUUUCCAUCACUUAUCUUUUCCUAGUGUUUUCCAUUUUUCUCUUAGUGUUUUUUUGUUGUCUGUUUGGAGAUUUUAUCUCUUUCUCUCUCUCUCUCUGUCUCUUGUUUUCUUCUUGGAUCUUAUUAGUUUUUUUAAAUUCUAUUCUCUUGGAAAAUUUUCCUUCUCUCUUUUUUUUGCGCUGGGUGGUGAAGAAGGCAGAAAAAAAUGGUGAUAAACGGUGAAGCUGAGAUUGUUGGACCAUCGCCAAUUCCUCGUGCACGGAAAAAUUGGACCUCAUUUGAAAAAGAUGAAACAAUAAACCCAAGCAAUAAAACCCUUUCAACCGAUGUAACCUACGAUUCAUCUGUAGCAACCUUGGAACCCUCAGCAACCUUACAGAUAAACCGGGAAAAAGAUUCACCUUCCCGAGUAAAUGGUGGAAAAGGUUUUCCAUCAUCAUCAUCAUUAUCUUCAGGUGGAUCAUUUAAUGAAUCAAAAAUAGUACCACAACCUCAACCACUGUCAUCAUCAUCAUCAACCUCUUCACCAAUAGUAGCCACAUCAUUUCUAGGCUCAACCCAAUCCACAGCCAACUCAUCAUCAUCACCAUCAACAACAUCAUCAACAACAACAACAACAACAUCAACCAUAACCAAUUCAUCAUCACCAAUUCGAGUCAAUAACAAUAAUCUUAAACAAGUAUCACUGGACAUUGAAGAUUCACCAAACAAUAAAGCUCACCCUGGCUCUCUCUCAUCUGUAACUAAUCAACCUUCAACCUCAUCACCAUCAUCAACCAUAAGCAAUAAUGACAAUCAACCAGCCUCAGGAAUGCAAACAAUUCCCCUUAAACAAAUGAGCAGAUCUCCAUCAAAGUCUUUCAAUAAUGGCGAUGUAAUUGUUAGUCUAUUACCAUUGAAUAGCCAUUGCGCUUGGUUAACUCCGGCCACUUUUAAGCCCGAAUUGGUACCAGAGGAAUUGAUGGCCAGCUCAUUACAAUUAACUGUUGAAGAUUAUGUUGGAUCGAUGCAGAAUUUGAUAAACGAUUAUCGUUUCAAUCUCUAUAUUAUUUUCUAUAAACGGGUAAUGGUCAUUUGGGUGGCCCUUGGAUUCGUCAUAUUAUUGUCGCUACUUUUUUCGGGAGCUCGAGGUUUACCGUUAUUCGCCGGUGGAAUUGUUUGGCUAAUUGUUAAUGCGUUUGGUGUUUUCUUCUCAAUGUGGAUUAAGUGCAAAUUAACUCGAUUGUUGGAACAGUGUAUCGCUCGGAUAAAUGAAAUUUUCUACAAGAAUAAUAUUUUAAUUGGUGUCGAUGAUAAAGGCAAAAUCUCCUGUCAUAAAAUUAACCUGGUUUUCGUUUAUUUUGAUUGUACUUAUUGUAUUAAAUAUCUCAACGAUAUGAUCGCUAAUGAGGAGAGAUCUAAUCAAACGAGUUUACCAAAUUUAAAUCACUUGAGAAGUGACAUUAACGCAACCGAUAUAAUUGUCACCGGUAAUACACCAACAAGAUAUUCCCAACGAGAGAAAUUCGGUGAAAAAUUAUUAUUAAGAUAUAGUCAACGGUGGAUUCGUGAUCACAAUCGUUCUCGGUCAAUCUUAACCGUACCAAUGUAUCCCGACGGAAGUGACUUCGUACCGAUCAGUCCAAGACAUUGUCCAACCUCGAGGUGCCCUUGUCAAUACAUCGAAGAGCAUUUAAAAUUUAAACCAUUAACCAAGUGCAGUUUUAAGGAGCUUUUCUUAUGAACAAUCAAAGGAAAAAAAAAACUUCUAAUCAACAACAAUAACUUUUUGUUUUGCUAUAUAAUUAACUAUAUUCAAUUGAUUUUCUUUUAAUUAUUUAACUAUUAUUUACCAAUUAGGUAAUUUUAAUCAUCAUCAAGCGAUCAGGCAAUAAGUUUAUUAAGGCUCAUCAAUUAACUAAUCAAUCUUUUUGACUCGAGAAUAUUAAUUUUGUAUAUUCUCAAUGCAAGAAAAGGCCAAACAAUCAACUGCUCAAUCAAAUCCUAUUGAUGGUGUUAAAUAAGUAAUUGAGAUGGUUAACUGAUUCUAUUACAAUCUCAAUCUUUACAUUGGCAAUUAAGAUAAUCUCAUCUUUCUCAUCUUUAAUUGUGUAACAAGUUUUUCUCUGUUUCUAAUCAAGCUAAUUAACUUUUAAAACAAAUGAUCGCAUGUAUGAUACAAUGAUGAUUUUUAAACAGACAAUCAAAUAAGUUAAUCAUCAUUAGUUUCUUAAUAGUAAUUGUGUAUAUAGAAACAAUAAUAAUCAACUAUAUGAUGAUAGCAAUACUAUAGUUAACUUAUUAAUUUUUGUCUUCUCCAGUUUCAUGUUACCAUUAAUGAAAAAUACAACAAUCAGUAAAUCUUUU